AUGAGCGUAGGCGCCAUGGAUCUCCAGCCGAUCUCAGAGAGUUUGCAGCAGCUGGCCGUGGAUGGCGCGGUGGAAAUUGAGCGUUUGAAGCAAGUCCUCCUGAAGAUUGGAAUGAACGGCUCAGAUGCAGAUUCUGUGUUGCAGCUCUGUCAGAGCGACGGCAAGGUCCAGAUCUCAGAGUUCAUGGCUUGGCUCUCCGCAAAGCAGAGUCAGCCAAAGCACCAGUGCGUGGCAUGGAACGACAACUUGAUCUUGGCCACUGACAGUUACAAGUUCAGCCACUGGAAGCAGUACCCCCCAGGUACAGAGUACGUGUAUAGCUACUUUGAGAGCCGCGGCUGCGACCGCGGGUGGGACAACGUUGUGUUUUUUGGCCUGCAAUACUUCUUGAAGCGCUAUCUUCUUGGGACAGUGAUCACGCGGGAGAAAAUCGAUGAAGCGGCUGCCCUUUGCUCGGAGCAUUUCAACGGAGAAGGCUUGUUCUACAAGGAAGGCUUCGAGUACAUUCUGGAGAAGCACGGAGGCAAGCUGCCGAUAUCUAUCAAAGCCAUACCCGAAGGGAUGGUCAUGCCCACGCGUACGGCUCUUUUCACAAUGGUGAACACAGACCCGAAGUGCUUCUGGUUGACCAACUUUCUUGAGACUCUGUUGGUUCAGGUGUGGUACCCGAUGACUGUUUGCACGAACAGCCGGUACCAAAAGCUGUCGAUCCACCAGGAACUAGAAGCCACUGGCAAUGAUUUCUGGGCCAUUCCUGGAGGCUCUGCCUUCAAGUUGCAUGACUUCGGCUUCCGUGGCGUCUCGUCUGUGGAGUCUGCGGCGCUUGGAGGAGCAGCACACUUGGUCAACUUUCUUGGGACAGACACGGUGGCAGCUUUGCUUUGCACAAAGAAGUACUACCACGCCAAGAAAGCCGCAGGCUUUUCCAUCCCAGCAUCUGAGCACUCUACCAUCACCUCUUGGGGUGUGGAGGGUGAAGUUGAUGCCAUGAAGAACAUGUUGUCACAAUAUCCACAAGGUUUGGUGGCAUGUGUCAGUGAUUCCUUCGAUGUCUUCAAAGCGUGUCGUGACUAUUGGGGAUCCAGCCUCAAGGACAUGAUCAAGGGCCGCAUUUCAGGGGAUCGUUGGGGUCGGCUGGUGGUGCGUCCUGACAGCGGCGAUCCCACCGAGACGUGCGUGCAGAUUUUGUCCAUACUCUGCGAGCAGUUCAAAGAGGAUGUCGCUGUCACCAAUACUGGCCACAAGCUGCUGCCACCCUAUCUCCGCGUCAUCCAAGGUGACGGUGUGGACUUCGAAUCUGUACCGAAGAUUCUCGGCGCGCUCAAAGAUGCCGGCUUUGCCGCAGACAACAUGGUUUUCGGCAGUGGCGGUGCUCUGCUGCAGAAGCUGAACCGCGACACCUUCAAAUGUGCUUUCAAGUGCUCUGAAAUCACCGUGAAUGGAACGCCGCGCGACGUUUUCAAGGACCCCAUCACCGACAAGGGCAAGGCCUCGAAGAAGGGGCGCCUCACCGUCCAGCGCGCGGCAGACACAACAGGCAACGAAGAGGACAAGUACAGGCCACGGAAGGAUGAGAACGGCACACCGGGAGGAGAGGGAUUCCUUCACUACACGGCCGAUGGACAAUAUGUCACUGUGGCCAGUGGUAAGGGCGACCCCACCAAGGAUUUGCUUGUCGAGGUGUUUCGCGAUGGAGUUCUUCUGCGAGAUUGGACACUGGAUGAGGUCAGACAAAGAGCUGACAUUCCAAAUGGCCCGUUCUCUCAAACAGGCUAG